UCAUGAUCAAAUAUCUGUUUUAUGUUCCAAGAUCAAGAUUCCUGUUUUGUCUGCAAGUGUGAGGUCAUUCUGUGACUCAUACAUGAAUAAUAAAAUAUUGAUAAAGGAGUAAGUCAACUAUGUGAUUAGAGUUGACAUUUGGAGGAUAAAUAGUAAACUUUGAAUUUAUCUAUCAAUAAAAGAUGUAACCAUUUCAUGUUUACCUCGAAAUCUCAGCUAAACAAAAGUUUAGUUAUUACAUUGGAACUUCUGAAAGGAUAACUCAUGCUUUGUUUAACUUUCUUGCAUAUUGCAUGUUUGCCUCCAUACCAAAAGGAUGUUGGAAAGGACAAAAGGUCCUUGUGAAGACAUCUUUUAUUGGUUAAAUACGCAAAUAUCAUGACUGAGUAGUUAAAUACUCGAAUAUCAUGAGUUAGUAGUUAGUUAAGUAUCUGAGAAAAAGUUCCAUAGUCUAAUGUGUUUUGUCCUUUUUGAAUCUGUCUAUUAACAUUCUGUUGAUAUUUCCAAUGGUCUUCUGCUUUGUUACAACCAAACAUUGUGGAUUUAGUUCCAAGAUGGACUGUUCCACAAACUCUUAGAAUCUUCUUUGCUACUAUUAUCAGCGGUGAAUUUAUAGGCAAAUGGUGCUCUUGGUUGAAUGUUGAGUUGUUUACGUUGAGGACUAGGGAUUCUACUUCUGAAGAACUAUAUCUCUGUCCCAAAUAAUUGCUCUUUCAGAAAGGAUCAUGGACUUGAUCAGUUUUGGCCCAGGGUGGUUUCCCUUGAUAUUGGUUUUGAUAACUACUAUGUGCAAUCCUUCAGAUUGCUAUGAUCCUCUAGAUCCUAUUGGAAAUAUUGCAGUUACCUACGACAUUGUUAGGUGGACAGAAGAUGGUUACCAGGCAAGGAUAACUAUUCAAAACCACUAUCAGUAUAGGCACAUCGAGAAACCAGGCUGGCAACUAGGUUGGGCAUGGGCAGCUAGUGAGGUUAUUUGGUCAAUGUCUGGUGCUUUUGCCACUCAACAAGGGAAUUGUUCAAACUUCAAGUCGGAAAUUCCACAUUGUUGCAAGAAAGAUCCUAUUAUAGUCGACCUCGCACCAGAAGCUCCACCAGAGAAAAGAUCAGAUGGCUGCUGUCAUGGUGGAUAUCUUGCUGCCUCAGCUAUUAAUCCUUCCAAUUCUUUCGCAUCCUUUGAGAUGAAAGUUGGAAACUUGAGGGGCAAUUAUACAGCUCACAGGCCUCUAAAUCUCACUCUAAUGGCUCCAGGACCUGGUUAUACUUGUGAUGAAUUUGUGGACACAGAUCCAACAACAUCUUCGGUUAUAGAAGGACAAAGACAAGAACAAGUAAUCAGGACAUGGAAAUCAACAUGCACCUACUCAACUUUCUUGGCCAACAAAUCGCCAACCUGUUGUGUUUCUCUUUCAACAUUUUACAAUCCUGAGGUGACACCAUGCCGUUUGUGUAGCUGUGGAUGUAAAUUAGCUGACAAGGAGGCAAAAUCAUGCAUUGGACAAAGCUCGUCAUCACCAUAUGAGCGCGAGCUACUUCAGUGUACUGAUCAUAUGUGUCCACUACGGGUUCACUGGCACAUCAAGAAGAAUUACAGGUAUCAUUGGAGGGUGAAACUGACCAUUUCCAACUACAACUUACGUAAAAACUAUUCCAACUGGAAUGUGGUAGUCCAACAUCCUGGUUUUAGCCAUCAGGCAACUGUCUUCAGCUUCAACAACACAAUGCUCCCUACUGUUGGUGUCCCAGAUGAAGUUGCACUCUUCUGGGGUUUAGACUUCUACAACGAUGCAUUGUUGCAAGCUGAAGAAACACAAGUAGGAUCUGUGACGACAGAGAUACUUUUACGUAAGGACAUGAGCUCAUUUACACUCAGUAAUGGAUGGGCAUUUCCAAGAAGAGUAUAUUUCAAUGGCGAGAACUGCGAAAUGCCCCUUCCACAGAUUUUCCCUAUGCUUCCAAAUGGUUACUCAAAUGUAAAACCUUGUAGUAGCCAUCUUUCUGUUCUACUAUUGAUAUAUUUGACUUACGAAACACUUAACUUCUGGUCCUAGAUCAAGAUUUUGCAUCUUCCACCUUAUGAUUACCUUCAGUAUCCCACCUCAUGAGAAUCAACUUCACUGCUCCUAUUGGUAUGCCGAAGGUGAGAAAUCAUCAAUUAAAUGAUACAAAUGAAAACGAGGCCGUGAAAACAAGGACCAUUGGUUGUAAUUGGCUUCUGUUCUUGUACCAAUGUGUAAACAGAUGGCUAACCAGCAUCCUGUGGUUACAUUUAUUUUGUCUUCUCUCAUUUGGGUACGCGGAAAAUAAAACCAUUUCUUGUAAAAGCCACAUAAGCGUAUCAGAUUCACCAGAGGAACUCACAGGUACUACGAGAGCCCUCUGUCCCAACUCCAACUCCCACGCAUCUAAGAAGCUUACAUGGUUCGCCGGUUCCAUAGAAAACUCUCAUUUGUUGAAGCUGGUUCUUGAAGUUAAAGGGACAGGAUACAACGUUUUCCAUUUGCAAAUUCUUCUGCCAAAAUUUCCCAGUGUGACUUUUCCCUUCAUGCACAUUUCAUCACUGUGCUACCUGACUAGGUUCACUAAAUUUAUGCAGAAACAUUUUUUGUAAUGUGUAAACCUGUUCAAAAAAUAAAAACAGUUUUACGUGUUUAAUUCAAAAUGAAUUAACGUUGAGUAUGGAACCAUAUAUUGCGGGA